AUGGCGGGGUCGCAAACCAAUUGUCCUGACCCCUCAUCCUACCCCUUCCCCUUGCCCACGAUCCUUACCCACCCCGCCAGUGCACCACCGACACUCAUUACACAAGGCGCCGAGGGCCGCCUAUACAAGACAACAUACUUGCGGCCGGAUUUGCCGUGUGCUCUCAAGCACCGGCCGUCGAAACCAUACCGACAUCCGAUCCUGGAUGCCCGCCUGACGCGCCAGCGCAUCCUCGCCGAGGCGCGCAUCCUGUCCAAGUGCAGGCGCGAUGGCACCGCCGCUGGCGUGCCGGCUGUGUACGCGCUCGACGAGGCGGCGGGAUGGUUGAUGCUGGAGUGGAUAGAGGGGGUGCCGGUGCGAGUGAGCAUCAACGAGUGGCUGAAGCGGAGGAUAAGGUUGGGCACUUUGACCGCGAUACAGGAAGACGAGCAGCUCGUCAAGCUCAUGAGGAAGAUGGGUACCGCAGUCGCGGCUAUACAUCGCGUUGGCGUAGUGCAUGGUGACUUGACCACAAGCAACAUGAUGCUCCGUCCUUCAAAGGACCAGGGCGAGGUGGCCGAGGAUAGGCUUCUGGAUGGCGACGUGGUCGUGAUCGACUUUGGUCUGGCGAGCCAGAGCGUUUCAGACGAGGAUAGGGCUGUGGACCUCUAUGUCUUGGAGCGAGCAUUUGGAAGCACGCAUCCUAAGGCCGAGGUUGUCUUUGACCAAGUCCUCAAGGGAUACCAGGAGGGCUUCAAACAAGCAACGCCGGUACUGAGGAAAUUGGAGGACGUGCGGAUGAGGGGACGCAAGAGAAGCAUGAUUGGAUGA